UUUAAGAUGUAUUAUAAUCAAAAUAAUUAAAUUUUACUGAAAAUAUUUUAAUAUUCUUCUAGUAACAUUUUUCAACCUGUCUGACAGGACAACCCUGGUAAUUUAAAUAUUCGGCCCGACCUUAGAAGUUCAGUUCCGAACCCAAAGUUUAAGACACAAGGGGUUUAUCUGCUGUCUCUAAAGUUUGGAUUUUGUGGAUGGGAGCAUCGUAUCAUCCUGCGUUAACGUACAGUUGUGGGUGAUUAUCACUUCACACUGCCCAUGUGUCUGAAGAGUUAGAGUUACAGUACUGCACAUAACAUGUUUGAUGAAUUUCAAGGAUGAGAUUCAUGACGCACGUCUUGUUCAAACCUGCAUGGAAACGUUCUUGGUCUAAAGCUAUGAGUACCCAGAAUUUGCAAAUACUUUUAUUUUCCCAGUACUCCACAUUGCCGCCAAUAUCUGUCUCUCCCCAGUUCCAAGAGCUCUGCAGCGUUGUCAUGAGCACUGUUGGUGGGCUAGAUGAUCUGGAGUUGAGCCUAAAUAAGUUUAAAGAUUCUUUAACUUCGUCUCUUGUGAGUCAGGCUAUUGAUUCUAGUAAGCACGAGGCACACACUAGAAGAUUGCUCAGGUUCUUUUUAUGGUCUAGGAAGAAUCUGAAUCAUAGUUUGGAAGACAAGGAUUACAAUCAUGCUCUACGAGUUUUUGCUGAAAAGAAAGACUACACAGCAAUGGAUAUUUUGAUGGGAGAUCUCAAGAAGGAGGGUCGAGUCAUGGAUGCAGAGACUUUUGGUCUUGUAGCGGAUACUUUGGUUAAUAUGGGAAAAGAAGAUGAGGCAUUGGGUAUUUUCAAGAACUUAGACAAGUAUAAUUGUCCCAUAGAUGAAUUUACUGUCACUGCUAUCAUUAAUGCCCUUUGCUCCAAAGGGCACGCCAAGAGGGCUGAAGGGGUAGUUUGGCAUCACAGAGACAAGAUUACAGGCGCAAAACCUUGCAUAUAUAGAAGUCUUCUUUACGGGUGGUCCGUGCAGAGGAAUGUGAAAGAAUCUAGGAGAGUUAUUAAAGAGAUGAAAACGAAUGGGUUUAUUCCAGAUUUGCUAUGCUACAACACAUUCCUCAGGUGCCUCUGUGAACGGAAUCUUAGACAUAAUCCUUCGGGACUUGUUCCUGAAGCUUUAAAUGUCAUGAUGGAGAUGAGGUCUUAUAGGGUUUUCCCAAAUUCUAUCAGUUAUAACAUACUGCUUUCUUGUCUAGGGAAGACCCGAAGAGUCAAGGAAUCUUGUCAAAUACUCGAAACAAUGACAAAUUAUGGUUGUGAUCCUGAUUGGGUCAGCUAUUAUCUUGUGGCAAAGGUGUUAUUUCUGAGCGGCAGGUUUGGUAAGGGGAAAGAGAUAGUGGAUCAAAUGAUUGGAAAAGGUUUGAUGUCAAAUCAUAAGUUUUACUAUAGUUUAAUUGGUAUUCUCUGUGGAGUUGAAAGGGUAAAUCAUGCUGUUGAACUGUUUGAGAAAAUGAAGAAAAGUUCAAUGGGAGGUUAUGGACCCGUUUAUGACGUGCUCAUUCCAAAGCUUUGUAGAGGCGGAAAUUUUGAGAAGGGGAGAGAGCUCUGGGAUGAAGCUACAUCUAUGGGCAUCAUUCUUCAGUGUUCCGAAGAUGUUUUGGAUCCUUCAAUAACGCAAGUUUACAAACCUAAGAAGCCAGAAAAAAACAGUCUUGUAGACCGCUCAAAAGCCAAGUCUACACCCAAAGUUAAAAAAUUUGUUGGAAAAAUGAAGACGAGAAAAAAAUAUGACGCAAGGAAGAGGAAAAAAGUUAAAAAGUUUACUUCAAAUUAAUUUGACAGUUUUACAGUUCCAGUUCCCGCUUUCUUCUGCCCUUUUUCUCCAAAGAACAUCUUAUUAUUGCUGCUUGCUUAUAAUAGAUUAAUAUCGAAUUAGUACUACUACAGUUUUGUGGUUAUGAAGUACUGAUAAGUCUUGGUUUUGUAGUAUUUUUAAAGGUUAACAUUGUGUCCUUGGGUUUUAGAUUGCAUUUACUUUUUAGUUUUAGCCAAUAUUUGGUUUUUCUUGAAUAAUCUGUGAAUUUUACAAAAACAUGUUAAUUUGCAGUUUUUAGAUAGUUUUUUUUUUCUAUAGAAUUUUAGUUUGGUAGGUUUCUAGUGAUUUUGGGAAAAUAAAGUCCAGCUUGAGUCAGUUUUAAUUUGGAAAGUAAAUUUUCAGCUUGGAUUUUCGAUUCAGAUUUUAUUUCAAGAUUUUGCAAUGUAUGUGGACAUGUUAUUUGGAUCUCUAGUUGAUGUGCAGUGGUUUCUGCCGUAACACUUAUCCAGUCCAGUGAGAAGCAAGCUUGACCGAGAGUUGACUGAAGAAUGGCUGGAGCAGUUGCGGUGACCUGUAUUAGCCAGUGAUAAACUCAAAAGGACAGAUUUAUCAAGCUUAGGUGACUUGCUCUAGCGUGUAUGAACAUUUAAGCUGGAAUUGUUCUACUUGUUACCUAUUUGUCCUGUUAUUGUAUUUUAAAUAGUUUAGAGAAAUUGUACAUACUUUUUACCUUUUGUUAGCAGUUUCAAAGACUUGUUCUAGACAGUUUUACAGGUUUUUCAGUUUUAGAAACAUAGAAGCCUAUAUAAGGCCUGUUGCCGGACAUAUAGUAGUAUGUGAGAGAGGAGAGUUCACUUUAGUUUAGAUCUUCUUCAUUUUUCUCUGAAGUUAGGAGAGGGGACAGUAUCUCUCGGUGCUUUCCAGUUUCCAACUCCAGCAUUUGAAUUUGAAGAGAAUAACUAACAUAAAGUGCAUCUCUCCGAUACUUCACCCUUGUCAAUGACAACGACUUGAUUAUUGUUUUCUGUAGCGUGGUUCUUCUAAGGCAAGGUUCUUAUCAGUCAACUUCCCAUAAACUGAAACCCAAAACAGAGACAUUGUUUUCCUCCAGAUUUUUGUCUCGACCGCAUUGGUUUUCCAGGAGCUUUCUCGAUCGCUUUCACAUAUUUUCAAAUUAUUUGUCUUCUUUAUUAUUGAAUUCCAUGGUUUUCAGACCUAGCAUCGGAAAUCAUUUUUGAAUCUCCUUGUAAUAGUUUUCGAACGUUGUGUUUGCACGAUACCACACGAUGUAUGCAGAGAAAGAGGAGCACAUGCUUGGAAAAGCUUGUAGAAGCUUCCGUUUCAAAGGCAUCUAGAUUCAGAAAUCAGUUCUUGUAGGAAUUAAUGGCACUUGCACACCCCAUCGCACAGUCUCAUGUUUCUAUUUUGUCUGUCUUUAGGAGGUGAAUGUGCUAUUUUUGAAACUACAUCCUCGUCCAGGUAAGACAGUGGCAGAGGCUCAUAACACAGUAUUACAAAAUGGAGGUAGCAAGCAGAAGAUCAAGAUCUGGGAACCCCUCACAUGGGUCCAUGGCACAUGUAAGUUAAGCAGAGGAAUGAUACAAGAAGAAGGCGUCAAUAUAGGGAUGUUGUGGGGCCCAUUUAGCUCUCACCCACGUUUCCAGUUUCCACUCUUCAGUCCAACAUUCCAUCACAAUGGAAGUGGUAUCCACGCGCUCCCCAUUCACCUAUGUGGUUGUUCCCAGAAGAUGCGAAUAAGCGAAGGACGCGUUGACAGUAUAAGAUGAUGUUGCAAAGAAGUGCGUAACAACAGUGAAGGGACAAGAUGGGUCCAAUGCCAGAACAUCCUAAGCUGGAUUCGGCUCCAGCUAGAUGCAUAUUUACGUGCGGCGGUAAGUAAUUGGUUUGCCCCUUUCCUCUAUAAAUAUCCUUAAGUAUCACAACUUCCUUUAUAUGGUCUGGUUUGGCACACAAGUCAUUUUUCUUAAUUUUUUUUUUUCAUUCUCUGGUAAGUUAAGAUUAUCUGCUCUUUUGUCUGGGGUUAACUCUUUAACCACAUUCCUGCCUUUUGACCUUUUUGUCUCUUUUUAACUUGUCGGAUUCGGGAAUUUGUUGACUUCUCUUUUCUGUCCAACCAAAUCUAAUUCAUGCACAAAACUACACUACGCUUUUGACAUGACAAAAUAGUGAUGUGUUCUAGGGCACCCAAUUGCCCAUUCUCCAAGCACUGAAAAAUAAAUUCUUGGUUUCUUGGGACAUUGAUGAAAUAGUUUUACAAGAU